GGAGCCAGUUCGCCACUUGUGUUGGUUGCGCGAGAGACACAGAAGCCAGAGAGAGAGGACCAGGGCAUGACCAGUGGCCUGAUGAACGGCGGAGGCAGCGUCAGCGCCACCAAGAUCAGCCUGCGGCUGCAGUACUAUGUCCUGCUCGCCGGGGUGGGCGCAGUCCUCGUCGUCGCCUGCCUCAAGUACAUGCCGGCGGCAGCCGCGGUGGCAGCGGCCGGGUACGGGUCCUGGCCGGGCGCCCAGGGGAGCGGCCUCGCCGUUGCCACCCGUGCCGGGGAAGCAGCAGCAGCCAGCGAGAAGGCGAGCGGUGGCCGGUCUCCCGUGGUGAUCUUCAACUUCGGAGACUCCAACUCCGACACGGGCGGCAUGGCCGCCGCAAACGGGAUGAACAUUGCCCUCCCGGAGGGGCGCACCUUCUUCCGCCGACCCACCGGACGGCUCACCGACGGCCGCCUCGUCAUCGACUUCAUCUGUGAGAGCCUAAACACGCCUUAUCUGAGCCCCUACCUCAAGGCGCUGGGCUCGGAUUUCAGCAAUGGCGUCAACUUCGCCAUCGGUGGGUCGACGGCGACGCCGGGAGGAUCCCCAUUCUCGCUGGACGUGCAGCUGCAUCAGUUCCUCUACUUCAGAACCAGAUCUUUCGAGCUCAUCAACAAAGGCCAGCGGACACCUAUUGACGGUGAAGGAUUCCGGAACGCCAUCUACGCCAUGGACAUCGGACAAAAUGAUCUUUCUGCUUAUCUUCACCUUCCUUAUGAUGAAGUGGUCGCCAAGAUCCCCUUGGUAGUUGCUCAUAUCAAGUUCGGUAUUGAGACUCUGUACGCGCACGGGGCGAGGAAGUUCUGGAUCCACGGGACAGGGGCGCUGGGCUGCCUGCCGCAGAAGCUGUCCAUCCCGAGGGACGACGACAGCGACCUCGACGGCAACGGCUGCCUCAAGAAGUACAACAAUGUCGCCAAGCUCUUCAACGAGAGGCUCGCCGAGGCUUGCAACCAGUUCCGGCAGCGCAUGGCCGACGCCACCAUUGUCUUUACCGACAUGUUCGUCAUCAAGUACGACCUCGUCGCCAACCACACCAAGUACGAGAUUGAGAGGCCCCUCAUGGCUUGCUGCGGGAAUGGCGGCCCGCCCUACAACUACAACCACUUCAAGAUGUGCAUGUCGGGGGAGAUGCAGCUGUGCGACAUGGACGCACGGUUCAUCAGCUGGGACGGCGUCCACCUCACCGAGGUUGCCAACUCUAUCGUCGCAUCCAAGCUGCUCACCGGCGACUACUCCAAGCCCAGGAUCAAGAUCGCAAGCCUUGUCAACUCCACCACACCUCACGAUGGGUAGUCCUCUUGAUAGAUAUCGUGUAUCCCUUGCUCUCGCGGCGGACUGGUGAUCAUAUCCACCUCCAUGUUGAUUUAUUUGGUUAAUCUACCACUACCAGAGAUGAUGAGAAUGUGGCCAAGCUGCAGUAGAUCAGUGAGCUGCGAGCUAUCACCGAUCUCAGAUCUCAGGGCUCAAGCGCAGAAAAAGUAGUGAGUUGACCAACAGAGAGGGAGAUUGACGGCUGGUCUAAUCAAGCUCAAAUAUGCGACGUGUGUGUAAUUCUUUUGAAAUUUAAUCAAGGAACUGACGUUUUUCUUGUA